CGCAGUGAUCACGUCAUCUAAAAGCGCCAAAAUACUUCCAAUGCAACCUUUGCAUAACGGAGCUUAGAUUUUGUUUUUAGUUUUUUUUUUGCUUGCUAGUAUUGAUUGUCAUUAUCUAGUAGUUAUGCAGAGAGCUACAAACUGCGUUUUGGGUCGUGUUUUUUAUCCGUUAAACGCAGGGAACGUUGCUGUCAUUAACCGAGUAAACAGCUCCCUGUUAUGCCGAAAGUACAGUACUCUUCCUCCUCCGCGGGACAAGGAGGAGAAAGCCCUGCUGGACAGCAUGCUACGUGUGGACCAUGCCGGAGAAUACGGGGCCAAUCGCAUCUAUGCCGGACAGAUGGCUGUUUUGGGGAGAACUCAGACCGGUCCGCUGAUCCAGCACAUGUGGGACCAGGAAAAGAUGCAUUUGCAGAAGUUUAAUGAGAUCUUGGGGGAGAACCGGGUGCGACCGACCCUCAUGCUGCCUCUGUGGAACGUUGCGGGAUUUUUACUUGGAGCCUCCACAGCACUUCUGGGGAAAGAGGGAGCCAUGGCCUGCACUGUGGCGGUGGAGGAGAGUAUCUCUGAACACUACAACAACCAAAUCCGCACACUGAUGGAGACGGAUCCCGAGAGAUACGAGGAGUUAUUACAGCUCAUUAAAGAGUUUCGUGACGACGAACUGGAGCAUCACGACACCGGGCUGGAACACGACGCCGAGUCGGUUCCUGGAUAUCUGGUUCUGAAGACUCUGAUACAAGCCGGCUGUAAAGUUGCGAUUUAUAUCUCACAGCGGAUUUAAAAACCAGCGUCUUCGUUGUCCUUUGUCGUCCCUUUGGGGUUUUUUUUUAGUGCAUUGUUGAGUAUGACCGCGAGUGUGAUGUUGAGUGACAGGAACGUGAGACACGCCUCGUCUGAUGUUUACUUCCAUCUCGAGCUUUGAGGACUGGUGCAUCAGUGCGUUCAUUGAAUUAUUUUAUUUCAUCGACUGAAAAUAAAACGUGUGUUUCUUUGCCUGAUUUUUAGGCCACACUAAAAUGAUCAAGUGAAAAGAAAAUAGAUUUAUUUUUAUUUUUUUCCCCACAAAGAUUUUUCAUUUCCCUUCUAAUAAACAUACGAUUGAAUAUGCUGCUGUUUUUUUUUAAAAAUUUUUUUAGACUUUUAUGUGAUGGUGUUUCUGAAAUACAUAGAUUUAUAAAAUUAGUGUAUUAUCCAGCGAUAAUUACCAGGAUCUACACUAUACAGCAAAAAGUAUGUGCACCCCACCCCCGAAAAUUACACUCAUAUGAGGUUCUUCAACAAACAAAUUUAGAAGCACAGAGUUGUCUAGAAUAUUUUCAUCUUCAGUAGAACUAAUAGACAACAAUCUAGCCAUGGGGGUCACAGUCCAGUGACUUCUGUGCUGGUCCCAAGCCCGGAUAAAUAGAGAGGGUUGCGUCAGGAAGGGCAUCUGCUGAAAAACAUUGCCAAAUUUAAUCAUGUGAAUCGUCAGUACUUGAGACCAGCCAUGCUGUAUGGUUUAGAGGCAGUGUCACUGAGGAAGAGACAGGAGUCAGAGCUGAAGAUGGGAGUCUUUGGGAGGGACACGGUUGGACAGGAUUAGGAACGAGUACAUCAGAGGGACGGCUCAUGUUGGACAUUUGGGGGACAAAGUUAGGAAGGCCAGAUUAAGAUGGUUUGGACAUGUCCAGAGGAGGGACAGUGAGUAUAUUAGUAGGAGAAUGUUGGACAUGGAGCUGCCAGGCAGGAGGCAAAGAGGAGGUAUAUGGAUGGAAUAAAUGAGGAGAUGAAGCUAGUGGGUGUAAGUGUUGAGGAUGCAGAAGAUAGGGAUAGGUGGAGAGAGAUGAUUCGCUGUGGCCACCCCUGAAGGAAAAAGCCGGAAGAAGAACUAAGAGACACCAAACACUGGUCCUGCGUCACAAUGCCGCUGUGCACAGAGCUCCAUGAAGACAAUGUUGUGGAGGUGAAGGUUGGAGAAAGUGAGAGAUCUGGAGUGUCCUGCACAGACUCUGACUGAACACCUUUGGGAUGAACUGGACCUGGAGUCUCCUCACCAUCCCAACAUCAGAGUCUGAUCUCACUGAAUAUCUAAAUGAACACAAAUCCAACACAUCUAGCAGAAAGCCUUCAGAGAAGAGUGGAGCUGAUUAGAACAGCGGGAAUAAAUAUUAAACUGGAUGUUCAGAAAGUGCAUAUGGAUGUGAUUCGUCAGGUGUCCAAAAACUUUUGGUCAUAUACAUGAACUACUUCUGAAGAACUAUUUUCUGAAGAAAUUGUUUUUAAACAAAAUAAUAUCAUGUGUAAAUCCUUCAUCUCCAGAAUUCUCCUUCACAGCUCCGGGGUGUGUCUGGUGUUAUUAAAUAUC